CUGACAAAAUGUUUGUAUUAAUAACCAAAAAGAAAGGACCUGAAAAGAGGUGUAUUAACACCUCCAGAGAGUUCAAUAGCACUGGUGACUUGCAUCUUUCCCACGCAAACAGUUCUUUUAAGGGGGAAAAAAACAAAUGCAGAGGGAUUAUCCUUAGAACUUGAUGGAAGAUACAUGAAGUACAGCGUCAGCGUGUAUAGAUUCUAUUGCAAACUGUUAUAGAAGAAAAUAAGACCCUUGGUUGGUUAUGCUGCAAAAGUUGUUAGCUACUUUCUGUAGCCUUUUCAGUUAUUUUCCACGGCAUACCUGACUAAAAAACACACAUACUACUCAUGUCUCACAUUGUCCAUUGAGGUUGCAAGACACUUGACCAGCAGGCUGCUGGCCACUAUAAAUAGAGGCUCGUACUACCAUUGCCAAGCAAUCAGCCCACAGCUCACCGAAGUGCAUUAGCUCACCACGACUAGCUAGAGCACUCAUUGGUGUGCAAAAUAUUACUGUCUGCUCCUCUAAACAUGUCUAGGUCUGUGGAGCCUCUUGUUGUAGGGCGCGUGAUUGGGGAAGUUCUUGAUACCUUUAACCCAUGCAUGAAGAUGAUAGUGACCUAUAACUCCAACAAGCUUGUAUUUAAUGGUCAUGAGCUCUACCCAUCAGCAGUUGUGUCUAAACCAAGAGUUGAGGUCCAAGGGGGUGACCUGCGAUCUUUCUUCACAUUGGUUAUGACAGACCCAGAUGUGCCAGGACCAAGUGAUCCUUAUCUAAGGGAGCACCUUCAUUGGAUUGUUACUGAUAUACCUGGGACAACGGAUGCUUCUUUUGGACGCGAGGUCAUAAGCUAUGAGAGUCCAAAGCCGAACAUUGGCAUCCAUAGGUUCAUUUUUGUGCUCUUCAAGCAGAAGCGCAGGCAAACUGUAAUUGUGCCAUCCUUCAGGGACCAUUUCAACACCCGCCGGUUCGCCGAGGAGAAUGAUCUUGGCCUUCCUGUGGCUGCUGUCUACUUCAAUGCCCAGAGAGAGACUGCAGCCAGGAGGCGCUGAGAAAUGCAGCUCCAAUUGUCCCAAAAUUACGAUUCUCUGAAAUCAAACCUUUUCUGCCAUAUUACUUUCUCAUGAAUCAACGUUCUUCUGCUACAUCAGCAGCCAGUAUAUCUGCGAAUAAACCAGAUGCAUUUUGCAGCAUGUAUUAGUAUUAGAUUUCUUUCCGUAUCAAGAACAUAUUAGUGGAUUAUUUUGUAAGCAGUAAGAUUGAUAGCCAUGUUGGCAAAUUCCAGUGCACUAAUAUGUAAACCACGUUAUUAUUAAUGUUUUUAAGUCAUGUAUAAGCCAAUUCAUGCUGGUGGACAAACCCAACUGGUAGAAAGGGCUUUUUAUCUAUUUGUAUGUCGCUUGGUGGCUCCACAUGGUGUCGCUUGGUGGCUCCACAUUGCAUACUACUAUUCAGGUUAUUAACUUGUA